AAAUAUUUCAAGCAGAAAAUCAAAAUUUAAAUAGAGAUUUAACUAUUUCAACUUCAACUUUAAAUUUUGAAAAUAAAUUAGAUUUACUUUUAAAAAUUCUUUUUAAAGAGCAAAGAAGAUUAAAUAGUUCAAUAGAAUUAGAUCCAAAAAAAUUUUCAGAAUUAAUUACAAAGUCUAAUUUUUUACUUGAAAGAUUUUUUAAUAAAAUUUUUAAUACUAUAAGUCCAAAAA